AUGAGGUCCAUCCUAACUCCCUUAAUUGAUCAUGCUACAGCUCCCUGACCUGCGCAUUUCUGAUAGCACGUCGCUCACCCUAGAUGUUGUGGCUUGUGUUGGAGUAAUAGGAACGAUUAUUUGGGUUUACCUUCGUUCAUCAGAUAGCCGCCUUCCUCUCCCGCCUUCUCCUCCAACUUGGAGACUACGGGGACACUUCCUGCCCCCUCGCGACCCAUUUCUUACUGUGGCGCGGUGGAUUGACGAGUAUGGCCCUCUGAUUACUAUCCGCUUAGGAAUGCAGAACAUAGUGAUUAUCGGCCGCCACAAAGCCGCAAUGGAUAUAAUGGAGAAGCAGGGUAGAAUGCUAGCUGAUCGACCUCGCCUCGUUGCUGCUGGAGAAAUUCUUUCACGCGGACUGAGCCUCGGUUUCUGCCAUGCUGGGGACAGGCUCCGUCGGCUGCGUAGAGCACUCCAUACGCAUCUCCAGCCCAAAUCAGCCGAUGCGUAUGAACCUCUGCAGAUAUCGCAAGCGAGAACCCUAAUCCUCAACAUUCUUGACGAUCCAAGCAACUUUCAGAACCAUGCGAUAACUUAUGCCGCAUCGACGAUUUUGGAAAUCGCGUAUGGGAAGACCUCGCCGACAUCGGCAACUGACCCUGAAGUUAGAGAGGCUCGCCACAUCAUGUCCCGAUUUCGUACAGUCCUGCGCCCCGGUGCUUACUGGGUAGACUCGAUACCGUGGCUCAAAUACCUCCCUUGGUAUGCACUAGAUUUAAAAGACGAGUAUAAGAGGUCCACGCGACUCUACACAGACCAGCUGAAUCGUGUGAAACUGCAGAUGAGGAAUGAGGAUAUUGGCCCUUCGUUUUCAAAAUACAUUUUAGAAAAUGGGCAUCUCUACAACUUGACAGAGAUGGAGAUGGCGUAUCUUUCUGGCGCCUUUUUUGGAGCUGGAACCGAAACAACUGCUACAGCGAUAUGCACGGUGCUAAUGGCAGCUGCACAUUUCCCUGAAGAGCAAGCUAAAAUACAAGCCGAGCUUGAUGCAGUCAUCGGAAGGGAGCGAGCACCGACUUUCGCCGAUAAGCCAUCCCUUCCCCGUCUGGAGGCCUUCAUCUCUGAGGGUUUGAGAUGGAGACCGUUAUCUCCUUUUGGAGUCCCUCACCGAACUACUGAAGACGUUAUUUGGGAAAACUAUUGCAUUCCUGCUGGAACUACGGUAAUCGGCAACCACUGGGCCAUCUCUCGAGAUCCAGAAGUCUAUCCCGAGCCUGAAGCGUUCAAGCCCCAGCGCUGGAUUGACGAUCAAGGUCGCUUGAGAGACGAUCUCACAUUCUUUGUAUAUGGGUUUGGUCGGCGGGUAUGCCCAGGUCAACACGUUGCAAACAGAUCGGUGUUCAUAAAUUCGCUUCUCAUUCUUUGGGCAUUUCAGCUCAGUCUGGAUCCUACGAAACCCCAGGAUGACAUGGGGUUCGCGAGAACGUUUAUGCCAAACGUCCCAUGCGCUAUUGAAUUCCAGGCGAGGGUUCCAGAAGUAAAGCUUAGACGUAUGAUGCAGAACUAUCCUGGGGCUGGGUGAGAAGCCUUGACGUCUGGGUUGGAUUGCUCCUAUCGGGCCGGGGACAAAUCAUCAUUUCGUUAUCACAAUCACAAUUCUAAUUUGGCUCCAAGUUUGACUCUUGGAACAUUUUCGCAAAUUUAACGUCCGGCUCACCUUGAGUUCCUGGUAGUCCUUCAAGGUCCCGGCCCAGAUAUAGUUUCGCAGAUCUAUGACAUAAAACACAGUGCAGCCAAGUUAGAGCUACGUACCUAGUCUCAGAAUCACGAGGCCGAACGACAGCAAA